CCGUGAAGUUCUCCCGAAAUGGAUUGGCGCUCAGUUGCUAUCAUAUCUUUAGGCUAAAAACGUACAAGAAACAGCCGAUUUGAAGACGACCAAGGCGCAUAUACCCACGACAUUGACCAAACUACGAGAACGUGGAAGCACAAUGACUUCCACGAGCAACGAAAGCGAAGGGAGUACGGUCGUUAGUAUCUGUGAUUACAAGACGACGGACGAUUAUGCCAACAAUAAAGGCAAAACAACGUAUGGAUCAGCGGAUUUGGAACUCGGUGAAGAUAUCGCUUUACAAGCAUUACGGAUGGAGACCACAAGACAAGCUUUUGUGCGGAUUGUAGUCUACUCAACCACCUUCAGUUUUUUACUCGCUACCUUACUGUUGAUUACAUACGUUAUAUAGAUGUGAUGAACCAAAAGUUAAACGAUGACAUAAAACUAUAUUUUUGGAUUUCCUGGUAUUUCUUUGGGCUUAAGCGUUC